CACACACAUUAUACAUGGAGUCAGCUAAACUACAAGGAAAAUCGGAUUAGAUGUUUCUUAAUAUAUUUCUUGGCAGAGCAUGUUAUGAGUGAAACUAAGCAGAUUUCAGAAACCUAUGUAGCUGUCAAUAAAGAAACCAAGAAUGCAAAGGACACUUGGAUAGCAGCCAAAGGAUCUUCCAUCUUUCAGUCCAGGCAUAUGAAUAUAUGUUUGAGAGAACAAAUUACCUAUCUCCUUAAUGAAGGGAACAACAUCAAAGCAAAUAUUUGGGAUCUACAAGAUACUAUGAGGAUCAUGAAAGCUGAACUCAAAAGGAUAAAGCAAGCUGAGGAAGCCAUCGCUUUCUUAGAAACAGACAUGGAAGCAGUUAAGAAAAGACAGCAGGAGGAGAGUGAAACAGCAUUUUUAGAGGAGGAAUUUCUGCAAAAACUGGAGAAAGACAAUGAAAAUUUGCAUAUGAGAAUCUUCAUGCUUUCUGAGAAGAGCUCAGCUUUGACAGCAUCAAAGAAUAUCAAUCAGCGGAACUACCUUCAGCUCUGCUGUUAUGUCAAUAAGCUACAGAGGGAGCUUCAAGAAUGCAAACUGAUUUGUGCAGAGGAAGAUGAGGUUUUCAGAAAGAUGAAACACCAAAUUCAGGAGCUAGAAGAAUACGUACAAGAAUACGAAGUAAAAAUACAGAUUCUUCAAGACAGAGAAAAAAUUGUGCAGAUUGAGCUGUCAGCCAUUGAGAAAGAGAAGGCCCGGUGUCACAGCAACUUUCCAGGAAGAAAAAAUAAGAAUGGAAGAGAGGCCUAUGAAACAGCAGCUUUGUGGUGGUGGAAGCUAGCCUGGGUUUUUAUUAUUUUGUGGCAUUUUGCUGGAAUCCUGCUGGUGAUACUCCUCACUGUGCUUCUAGUCAUACUGUUUGUUCUUGGUGUCUGCCUUUCAAACCAUACAGUCACAGAGGCAUACCAACGACCCUUAUGGUGGUUUUUGGACUAUUAUAUCCAGCCACAUAUGCAACUGUAUAGUACUGGCCUCUUACCAAAGUGAUGCCAGAAUCAAAAAGAGCUGCUGACUAAAGAGAUCCUGUCAUUAUAAUGUAUAUGAAUGUGGAUAAAGCUGAUAUCCUAUCAAAAAUUUCCAGGGCUGAAUUAUUUCAACUGAAAUUCCUUGCAGACCUGCUCAAUUUACCAUGCUAAAUAAGGCAACUCUGUGUGGUUGACACUCAGGACACUUGAACCAUACUGUUUUCUCUGCCUGCUUGAAUUUAAAGAUAGCAUAAGAAAAGUCCAUACCAAAGGCCUAUCUAAUCUUCCUCCCAAUAGUGGUCUGAGUCAGCCAUUAUGGCCCAUUAUACCUUCUAUGAAUCUAAUUUCAAAGCAGACCUAUUGGUAGCAGUUUCCUUAGUUUAGCUUUGUGCUAGUUAUUUUCUUUUCUCUGAUAAGUGUAUCUCCCACACUCAGUGUCAUUGAAAAUGCCAAAUUCUAGAAUAAUGAAAAGAAUUGUUUAUCCCCUUUCUUUA